UGUUGCCUUCUGCUUCCUGAGGAGAAAGAAGACAGCUCAGGAGAGGUUUUCUUGACGGUCGUCUCAACAGAAGAGCUCUGAGAGAUGGAACCCGAGGAAGAAAGAAUCCGUUAUAGCCAGAGACUGCGUGGCACCAUGCGAAGACGCUAUGAAGAUGAUGGUAUUUCUGAUGAUGAAAUUGAAGGAAAAAGGACUUUUGACCUGGAUGAAAAACUCCACACCAACAAGUACAAUGCUAGCUUUGUCACCUUCAUGGAAGGAAAAGAUUUUAAUGUAGAGUAUAUCCAGCGGGGUGGCUUGAGAGAUCCUCUGAUUUUCAAGAAUUCUGAUGGACUUGGAAUAAAGAUGCCAGACCCGGACUUCACUGUGAAUGAUGUGAAAAUGUGUGUGGGGAGCCGUCGAAUGGUGGAUGUCAUGGAUGUGAACACCCAGAAAGGCAUUGAAAUGACCAUGGCCCAGUGGACCCGCUAUUACGAGACUCCAGAGGAGGAGCGCGAGAAACUCUACAAUGUGAUCAGCCUGGAAUUCAGCCACACCAGGCUGGAGAACAUGGUGCAGAGGCCUACGACGGUGGACUUUAUCGAUUGGGUAGACAACAUGUGGCCAAGGCACUUGAAGGAAAGCCAGACGGAGUCCACCAAUGCCAUCCUGGAGAUGCAGUACCCCAAAGUGCAGAAGUACUGUCUCAUGAGCGUCCGGGGCUGCUACACAGACUUUCACGUGGAUUUCGGCGGCACCUCUGUGUGGUACCACAUACACCAGGGGGGAAAGGUCUUCUGGCUCAUACCGCCUACGGCCCAAAACUUGGAACUGUACGAGAAUUGGCUGCUGUCGGGAAAGCAGGGCGACAUCUUCCUGGGUGACCGCGUGUCAGAGUGCCAGCGCAUCGAGCUCAAGCAGGGAUACACCUUUGUUAUUCCCUCAGGCUGGAUUCAUGCAGUGUACACCCCCACAGACACAUUAGUGUUCGGGGGCAACUUUUUGCACAGUUUUAACAUCCCCAUGCAGCUCAAAAUCUACAACAUUGAAGAUCGGACACGGGUCCCAAAUAAGUUCCGUUAUCCAUUCUACUAUGAGAUGUGUUGGUACGUGUUAGAACGCUAUGUCUACUGCAUCACCCACCGCUCCCACCUGACCAAGGAUUUCCAGAAAGAAUCCCUCAGCAUGGAUUUGGAGUUGAAUGGCUUGGAGUCUGGAAGCGCAGACGAGGAGGCUUCAGAGAGGGAGCCAAGGCGCCUGAGCAGCCGGCGUUCCGUCCUCACCAGCCCCAUGGCCAACGGAGUCAACGUGGAUUAUGACGGGCUGGGCAAAACCUGCAGGGGCCUGCCGGGGCUGAAGAGAACCUUGUCGGUGGACUCGUCCGCUGAGUCUGGCCGGAGCUCCCACAACGGUCAAGUGUGGGAUCCCCAGGGUAGCCCCCGGAAGGACAGGCAGAUUCACCUAACUCAUUUUGAGCUGGAAGGUCUCCGGUGCCUUGUGGAUAAGCUGGAGUCACUGCCAUUACACAAGAAAUGUGUCCCGACGGGGAUUGAAGAUGAAGAUGCUCUCAUUGCUGAUGUCAAGAUACUGCUGGAGGAGCUUGCCCACAGUGAUCCCAAGUUAGCCCUCACCGGAGUCCCCAUAGUACAGUGGCCCAAAAGGGACAAGCUUAAAUUCCCCACACGGCCCAAGGUGCGGGUCCCCACCAUUCCUAUCACAAAGCCUCACACCAUGAAGCCUGCUCCUCGACUGACCCCAGUAAGGCCUGCUGCCUCGCCCAUCGUCUCAGGAGCCCGGCGGCGGAGGGUCCGAUGCCGCAAAUGCAAGGCCUGUGUCCAAGGCGAAUGUGGUGUGUGCCACUACUGCAGGGACAUGAAGAAGUUUGGGGGGCCUGGUCGCAUGAAGCAGUCGUGUGUCCUUCGCCAGUGUUUGGCACCUCGACUACCUCAUUCGGUCACGUGCUCUCUCUGUGGAGAGGUGGAUCAGAAUGAGGAAACCCAGGACUUUGAGAAGAAACUCAUGGAGUGUUGUAUCUGCAAUGAGAUCGUUCAUCCUGGCUGCCUGCAGAUGGAUGGAGAAGGACUGCUCAAUGAUGAGCUGCCUAAUUGCUGGGAGUGCCCAAAGUGCUAUCAGGAGGACACCUCAGAGAAGGUGCAGAAGCGUAAGAUGGAUGACAGUGAUGAAGAUGUGGUCCAAGCCAAAGUCCUGCGGCCUCUACGGAGCUGCGACGAGCCCCUCACGCCUCCCCCUCACUCGCCUACUGCCAUGCUUCAGCUCAUCCAUGACCCGGUGUCCCCUCGAGGCGUGGUAACCCGGUCCUCCCCAGGAGCUGGUCCCAGUGACCAUCACAGCGCCAGCCGGGACGAGCGCUUCAAACGGCGGCAGCUGCUGCGGCUUCAGGCCACGGAGCGCACGAUGAUGCGAGAAAAGGAGAACAAUCCCAGUGGUAAGAAGGAACUCUCCGAAGUCGAGAAGGCCAAAAUCCGGGGGUCCUACCUCACGGUCACACUGCAGCGGCCAGCCAAGGAGCUGCACGGAACCUCCAUCGUGCCCAAGCUGCAGGCCAUCACGGCCUCCACGAACCUCCGCCAUUCUCCCCGCGUACUGGUGCAGCACUGCCCCACACGAGCUCCCCAGCGGGGGGAUGAAGAGGGCCUGGCCGCCGAGGAGGACGAGGAAGACGAGGACGAGGAGGAGGAGGACAGUGCAGAGGAGGGCGGGGCAGCCAGACUGAACGGCCGGGGCGGCUGGGCACAGGACGGGGAGGAGAGCUGGAUGCAGCGGGAGGUCUGGAUGUCUGUCUUCCGUUACCUCAGCCGCAGAGAACUUUGUGAAUGUAUGCGGGUGUGCAAGACGUGGUAUAAAUGGUGCUGUGACAAGAGACUCUGGACGAAGAUCGAUCUGAGCAGGUGCAAGGCCAUCGUCCCCCAGGCCCUGAGCGGCAUCAUCAAGAGACAGCCGGUCAGCCUGGACCUCAGCUGGACCAACAUCUCCAAGAAGCAGCUGACCUGGCUCGUCAACAGGCUCCCCGGCCUGAAAGAUCUCCUCCUAGCAGGCUGCUCCUGGUCUGCAGUUUCUGCUCUCAGCACCUCCAGCUGCCCCCUUCUCAGGACCCUGGACCUUCGGUGGGCUGUAGGAAUCAAGGACCCUCAGAUUCGAGACUUGCUGACCCCCCCGACUGAUAAGCCUGGUCAGGACAAUCGCAGCAAGCUCCGAAACAUGACUGAUUUUCGGCUGGCUGGCCUGGACAUCACUGAUGCCACCCUCCGCCUCAUCAUCCGCCAUAUGCCGCUUCUGUCUCGACUCGAUCUCAGUCACUGCAGCCACCUUACAGACCAGUCGUCCAAUCUGCUAACGGCUGUCGGCUCUUCGACACGCAACUCCCUCACGGAAAUCAAUAUGGCAGGUUGCAAUAAGUUGACAGACCAGUCCCUGUUGUAUCUACGGCGCAUCUCUAAUGUCACCUUGAUUGACCUUCGAGGCUGCAAGCAGAUCACCCGGAAGGCCUGUGAGCAUUUCAUCUCAGACCUGUCCAUCAACAGCCUCUACUGCCUGUCUGAUGAGAAGUUGAUCCAGAAAAUCAGCUAAAGCCCACUCAGCCCCAGACUGAACAGGAAACAGAAACCUCCCCCCCCCCACUCCCCACCGUGGAGAGCUGCUCCCCCCAGUCUGCACGGGCUUCGAGGCCGGCCUCCCACUCCCCACCAUGGAGAGCUGCUCCCCCCAUUUGGCACGGGCUUCGAGGCCGGCCUCCCACUCCCUUUGCUCUCCCAUCCCUGUCCCCUUCCGGCACAGCAGGAUAGGGGCAGAGAGGGUGUUCCUGCUGCACGGUCCUACAAUGACCGAGCACAGGGAUGACCCACCUGCUCCCUUCUCUCCUUCCUUCCCUCCCUCAUUCCUUCCCUCCCUCUGUUGAAAAAGGGAUAGGAAAAAAAAAUCACAGGAGGUGCUGUUGAGGUGCUCACUUGGAGACCAAGUUCAUAGUUGGGGGUGCUGUGCCAACUUAAUCAGCACAGCCCCCUGCCCCACCCUAGGCCACCCUCUCCCCU